AUGAUCAAUAUCGCUCGUAUUGGAAGCAGCCAUGAGAUUGUUCCUAAUAAAUCAAGUAGUAAUCUCGAUCAGUUAGAAUCUAAGGCAGACAAUGUAGAAGCAAGUAUAGACCCAGCGAUAUCAGCCGUUGAGAAUAAAGAUAGCUUAGCUCCAGAUGCAGUUGUUAAAGGAGGCAAUAAUAUAUCAGUUGAGAUUGAUCUAGCCGACAACGUAGCUGUCCAACUUAAUUUAAAUCAGAGCUCUGAUGCUACUACUACUAAUCAAGAUUCAGCUGGUGUGAGUCAACCCGUAACAGAAGCAAAUGAGGAGGAUAGCUUAGCAGAUGACAGUAGUGAUAUUAGUCGCCCUUCUAUAGAAGGUAGUGAUAUUUCGAGAAUAUGGGAUAGAUUGGUGGAUAGUAAUAAAGCUCCAAUUGUUUCGUGCAUUCGUAUGCUAUGCACAUCAUUUCUAUUGGAUGGUGAAAAUGGUCAAUUAAUACCCGAUAAAAUUAUCCGUGUAAGUGUCAAGGUUUUGUCGUUAAAUUGUGUAUCUCAAGCUUUAGGAUUUUGUCCACAAGCUUUUAUCGCUCCGCUUUAUGCACAAUCAAUAGCGAGUUAUCAAGAGGGGCGUAAUGAUCAAGCAUUUGAAAUCUAUCGUGUCCGGGAUGUAUUACAAUACGCUAAUCAUUCUGAUCCAAAAUUACGUGGUAAUAUCGCCCUACUUAUCGGCAAUUAUAUUAAGACCUCACUGAUUGUUGCUGGAUAUCACUAUGAUUUAUGGUUACACAGUUGUUUGUCGCAACAAUUUAAGAAUGAACAUGAAGUUUACCUUGAAAAUUUUGUAAAUCUCUUAUUAUUACUAUUGAAAGAUGAAUCAUCAGUUGUUAUUGGUAUGGCAAUACAAGGCGUUAAAUUAUGCCUAAAUUCACUAAUGAAGAGUGAUGAGAGUCAAUUGUCAUGGAAUAUUAUUGCUACCGUACUUCAAUUAAAAAUUCAUCCGUAUUGGCUUGUUCGCGUUAAGUUACUGGAUAUUUUGACUGAAUUAGAUUUCACUUUGUUGCACUAUUGGCACCAAAGUCGUGCAAAUAUUGACUUUUUGCGAUCAUAUUGUUCGCCUUGUACUCAACAACAAGUCAUUGAUGAAGUUAUCAUGUUGCUAUUAGGUGAUGAAGAUAUUCGUGUGCGACAAGCAACAACAACAACAUUAGUUAAAAUUAUUCCUCAUCUGUUUUAUCCAAUCGAUCACCCUAAAGGUGAUUAUAUUACGGCUGCUGCACAACAAUCCUUAGUAGACGAUGUUAAUAUAUUAAAUUACGAGCAUGACAUGAGCAAGAAUCUAUCAUUGUUAACCAAAGGUUCAGCAGUAACAAAAACUGAUGAUCGACAUGAAUAUAUUGAUGACAUUACCCUGGCUAACCUUUCGCGUAUAAUUAAUUCUUUAUUAGCCAAGCUACACAUAACAUCAUCAAAAUAUUUUAUGACAGGUUGCCUACACGCUUUAUCUAUACUAUCUAAUAAUUAUCCAGUUGAUAAGUAUAGCUCUGCUUGGGGUUACCAUCGAAGUAAGCCAAAGGGAGAUUUUUUAGAUGAUAUUAGCGGUAGUAAUGGUAGUGGUCCGUUACCGUUAAUGGUAUCAUUACUAACGUCGUCAUGGGUUACGUUUGACUUACAGACUCAUAAUGAUGUACUUAUUUUGGCAUGUAAUCUACUAGUUGGUGCUUCCUUCAACUCAAUCUUAACAAGUGAUGGCGAGAAUGGAAAAUUUGAAAUUACAGAAAGUUGGCCUGCGUUAAGCGAUUUCUUGUUGGUGCCAUUGGCAAACCAACUAUUCGCACAUAUUUCACGAUUACUUAAUAUUUUUACGCACGUUAUAGAUGAUUUGCCAACGACUAUUCCACAAACACAAAAGGCUAAAGAGUUUUUACGUGAAAAAACUGCUGUUGUAUCUCCAAAGAAGCGGUUUUCAUUUCGUAAUCGCGGUGAGUCUGGUGCUGUAGUCAAUGAUAAAAAAGAGUUAACUCCAUCAAAUGAUACCAGCGACUUUACCUCAACAAGAUCCGGUCGAAUUGCAGAUAAUGGAAUAGUUGGCCAAUUUGUAAAUGUAGCGCACUAUUUUAAACUAUAUGAAGAAUUAAGAAAUGUUCAAUCAAGCUAUCAGUCUUCCUUAGCUACAAAUGAAUCCGAGGAUAAAUUCGCUAACUUACUCAAAACUACGUUGACUUCCUUUAGCAAAAUUCUUGAAGUUGCGACGUUAAAUGAAAGUGGUCGGUAUGUAGAAGAAUUUGUUAAUUAUAUGCAAGCAUGCAUUAAGAGAGAAUCUGCUGCAACAUUACGUUGCGUCCAACAGUUUAUUAGAUGUUUGUUCAGUAUAAAUGCAGCGACUAAUCCUUGGCAAAUACCAGUCAACGUUUGCAGAAAUAGAUACACGAAUAAAGCAGCUAAGGAUAUCUUUACAGGUUUUCACCAAAUCUACUCAGAAUUGCCUUUAAAACAAUUUGCUAUUAAAAUGAUUGGUAUAAAGAAUAGCCAAGAUGAUUUUCAACUCGAGGAAGACGCUGUUACGAUCAAAUCACACAGUCGAUUACCAGCAUCAGAAACAGGAGGAAGGGCCGAUAACAAGCGCCCCGUCCAGCUUAUCCGUAUCUUUGAACCGUUAGUAAUCCAUGCACUGAAACAAUACACCUUCACAAGUAGUGUAGACUUACAGCAACAAAUUCUUCACUUGCUUGCGCAGCUUAUCAAGAUAAGGGUCAACUAUUCGUUACUGGAUGCGGAUCAGUCCUUCGUUAACUUUAUUUUGCGGCAAUUUGAGUUAAUAGAAGCUGGACAAAUGAAAGAGAGCGAGAAUAUAAUCCCAAGUAUAUUUCAGUUCUUGAUACUUUUGUCGUACGAGCGAAUGAAUCUCGAACCUAUUGUUGGUAUACCUCGCAUACUUCAAUUGUCUGACGGUAUAAUGGCAAGCGGACAGUUAGCACCUGCUCAUGUCAUUCCUGCAUUUCGGCCUGUGGUGUUUGACUUAUUCAACGUACGUUCCUUACUAAAGCCGAAAGGUGAAGAAGGUAAACAAUUGGACGCUCAAAGAGAAGUUGUUAUUGCAACUCUAAUGAAAUUGAUGGAUCAUCAUGAGACGGUUGAGUUAUGCCUAGUUAUACUGUCAUCGUGUCGCGAUGAAGAGAAUCGUUGGAAGCGCAUUUCACGCCAAAUGGUAGAUUUCCUACUUCCGUUGCUGACGAAAUUGCAGGUUAAUGUUGAUUCCAUCCACGCUUUGCAUGUAUUACAUCGAUUCUUUGAAAUGGUAAUGCCAAUUUCGCUGAGGCCUAUUGAUAUGCUAGUUAAAGCAUUUUUUACACCAGCCAAUAUGGAAAGUGAAGUAAAGGUUCAUCGUUGGCUAGCUAGCAUUUUGAUUAUUUUUCACAUAUUUUUGCUACGCGCUGAUGAAGAUACCAUACUCGGUCGUAUUGAAGAAAUG